AUGACUAUUGUUUUGCGGUAUGUUGAUAGAAGGGGAAGUGUGAUGGAGCGAUUUUUUGGUAUUGUUCGUGUUCGUGAAACUAUUGCUUUGUCUCUAAAGAAUGGAAUUGUUGGUUUACUUGCUCAACAUUCUCUAAGUCCAUCUUUCAUACGUGGACAAUGUUACGAUGGAGCAAGCAAUAUGCAAGGUGAUAUAAAUGGGCUUAAAAUCUUGAUGCAAAAAGAAAGUAAAGGUGCUCAUUCUAUUCAUUGUUUUGCUCAUCAACUUCAAUUAACUCUUGUUGCGGUUUCUAAAAGAUGUGAUGAAGUGCAAGAACUUUUAUUGGUUGUUUCUGAUAUAUUAAAUUUGGUGGGAUCUUCUUUCAAGCGUAGAGAUGAACUUCGUGAAUCUCAAGCAGAAGAAAUUGAAGAAGCGUUACCUAAAGGUGAGCUUGAAAUUGGGAGGGGCUUAAAUCAAGAAUUAGGUCUUACUAGAGCUGGUGAUACUCGAUGGGGCUCUCACUAUAAAUCCUUUAACAAUUUUAUUAUUAUGUUUGGACCUAUCAUUGAUGUACUUGAUGCUAUUGUUGUUAAUGCACGUUUUGAAGAAACGUGUAAGAAGGAGCAAGAUAUUGCAAAUUCUAUGAUACUUGUUAGAGUGGCAAAAGAUCAGUUGCAACGUCUAAGACAGGAUGGUUAUGCUUCACUUAUUGAUGAGGUGACAACUGAAUUGCUUCUUGGAGUUGCUUGCUUGAACCCAGUUAACUCUUUUUCAAGCUUUGACAUUGAAAGGCUUAAGAAUUACAUUGUUGAUGUCAGAGAUCAUGACAAAAGGUUUUCCGAUCUUAAGGGACUUGGUGAUCUUUCUAAGAAACUAGUAGAGACAAAGAAGCAUGAGACUUAUCCUCUUGUGUUUCGGCUAGUGAAAUAUGAUGACCCAAAAGGUCAUCUUAUGUUUUAG